AUGAAUGCUAACCCAAAAGAUGCAUUUUCAGUUUCCUUAUCAAAAUUUCAUCGAAAAAGUGUUCAUUCUUAAAUGGCAAACACAAGUGGAUCCAACUAGCUAAGUGAUGUUCCUAAUACUCCACUUCCAGAAUUAAAAGGUAGAGGAUUGCAAAGUGCAAAGAUUAAAGCAUCCCCCAAAAGAUCUCCUCAUGUUUUAAAAUUUUAUGUUCAUGACGCAUAAUGUAUACUAAAUGAUCCUAUAAAAAAAGCUAAUGUAGUAUUUAGUUUUAUUUAUGGAUAUAGAGAAGAUAUGAGAACUAAUCUGAGUAUGUAUUUGUGGACACUUACUUAGAUGCUUUACAAAUGAUUGCUUAAGAAGAAAAGAAGAUUAAAUAUGCUAAUGGACAGACCAUAUAAUCUGAAGAAUUUUCAGAACAAUAAAUUUCAAUAAAUCCUCAACCUACUUUACCUAAUUUAAUAAGAGAAAGAAUGAGAGUUUAUGCAUAAAGCUAAUAAAAAGAACCUUAAUCUAGUAAUUCUUAAAUUAUAUAUUAGUAGAAUCUCAAUUAGAAUAGAGAUAGCCAAAGAAAGUAAUCAAAACAGCAACAACCCUAAUGACCUAAAAGAUUUUCCCAAACAAACUUACUUUAUCAUUAUCAGUUCAUUAAGCUAUACCCUCUAUAAAAAAUAAAGUUAGCGCUAAAAGAUGGGUCAUGUUUACGAAAUAAAAAAAUGAAAAAUUUUUUAAUAAAUUAGUUGGAUGGCAAGAAUUUUAAAAAGGGGAGGUAGCCAGUAUAACAAAAAUAAUGACUUGUUAUACUACAUUAAUAUUUUUGAAAGAGUAAAAUAUUGAGUCUGAUUAAAUCAAAAUCAAAAUUCCAGGCCAUGCUGAAUGUAUUGAUGGAACAAGUGCCUUUUUAAAUGCAGGAGGUAUACUAACAAUUAAACAAUUACUAUUCGCUCUUAUGUUACCUUCUGGAAAUGAUGCGGCACUGGUUUUGAGUUUUACUAUAGCGUAUUUGAUGAUACUACAAAAGACAGAGAUUUAUUAAUAUAAUCGGUAUUUGAAAGGUGCGAUUAUCGAUAUAGAACCAUAGAUUGAAAGGAGCAAGAAGUUACUUAAGCAUACAUUCCUCGAUCAAAUGAAUAAGCAUGCAAAUUCAAUCAAAAUGGAAAACACAAAUUAUUCAUCUGUUCAUGGUUUGAAUGAUGAAAAAAAUGUAUCAUGUCCUCAUGAUAUUAGGUAUGCUUAUUUCCAUAUUUAUUAGUAAGUUAAUAGAAAAAUGUAUUUAAUUGGAAGUAUUCCUUGAGAUCAUAACAACCAAAAUAUAUAAAACUCAUGCUUUAACUGAUAAAGGGAACAAAUCAACUUUUUAUAAAUGGAAAAAUACAAACAAACUUCUAAAAAAGUCUGGCUGGAUGGGAGUAAAGACAGGAGUUACUCCUAAUGCAGGACCAUGCUUCACAGGAUAUUUUAAAAAUGAUAAUCUAGAAGCAAUAAUCGUUGUUUUGAAUUGUUCAUCGAUGAACUAAAGAUUUAGAGAUGCAGAAGUAUUACUUGUUUCAGCUUAAAAAUGA